GAUGUUGGGGACGCCGCCGAAAAGAAGUUUGCGCCUGGCUUCGGUUCCGAAUCUUCAGAGAAGGAGCGCUUCUCCAGCAGUUGAAGAGUCGGCCGGCGGCCCUCGCCACCAGACGAGCAGGUCCUCUCGAAGCUUGCGGUCUUCUUUGCAUUCCGGGUGUAAAGACCUUAAGGACUUCAAACGUGUUGCGCGAGGCGCCGACGCCAACCGUGCUGUACCUCGAAAAUUUACCAAUUCCCAGGACGAUGGCGGAACUGGAGGUUCCCACAGUGCCACUGCGGCGAGAACAGAAAACCAUGCUGCAGUUCGUGGGGGCACAAGGUCACCAGACUGCAGGGAAGACUCCUGGCUUCCACUGAACCAUGAGGCUCGGGAAUGGCUUGAGGAAAAUUCUGAUCGGCUCUCAGCUCAAACGCAGAAAUGCCUCCUUAUUCACGAACAGCUCAUCAGCCUCCUGAAGCCCCUGCUGGGCCACGAGGGUGCUGUGUCGAGGGCAGAUGCUGGCGUUGCCCGGCCGGAUUGGGAGGAGCUGGGCAAGCCACUGUCACGGAGUGCUUUAGAAGGGGCACCCAUUGAACUCUUGGGCAAUGCCGUCAGGGCAUCGGCACGGCGGCAGGAUGAGCUCAGGUCCGAGCUUGCGACAGCUGAAGAAACUCUGCAAGCAGCUCGAGCACAGUACAGGAUGCAGGAUGUGGCAACUGACAAAUUUGAGCAGGCUUUGGAGGCUGGCAGCGAAGCCGAGAUGCGCCGCCUGCGAGAGCAGGCUGCCGCGCUCGAGGCCCGACUCCACGAUAGGCUCGAAGCUCUGCAGCAUCUAGCAUCUCAGACUGUUGCACGGCCGCAGUCGCCCAUCGCGCUGUCGUCUCCACCUCGCGGGUUUGGUCAGCCUUGCCAUUCUCCCAUCCGAAGCUACAACGGCUACAAGGUCUUCAACACCAAAGCCAGAUCUGUGUCCCCUCCGCGGCACCAAUCCUCCACAGCUUGCAAGCCACUGGUGCCACAGAGCAGGGCACCGAGUCAGCCGAGGGUGUCUGGCUCACCGAGGGCAGUCUCUACACCAGUGGUGGUGGCCAGGCCCUGUGUGAGAGUGGCCGCUGCUGCCGCGGCUGUUGCGCGACAUCAGGCUACAUUAGCGCACCCUCUGCAGCAGCUUGAUGAUGCGAGGCACCGAGCGCAGGUGGAGUUUUGGUCUGGCACCAUUUAA